AAAUGACCCAUUUGGCAUUGCUUCCAAAAGGAGAGAUAAACCUGGCCAAAAUGGUCAUUCAGUGGAUGAAGCUGAUUCUAUGAACAAGUGCGUUGUGAAGAUUUCAAGAUAAAGAUACAAUAUUAUUUCAGUCGCUAGGUCAUAAAGAUAGUUGCACCAAUAAUUUUCUAAGAUUCCAUAUCUGUUCAUUUAAUACAAGAACUGUGGAAAUAAUAUAUUUUAUGUGUGUGUAUAUAUAUAUUUCUGUCAAUAUAUAUCAUCAGUUGCCCUUUAGGAUUUAAAUUUCAUUAGUUUAAGAAAUUAUUAUUAUUUAAGUGGUUUUCUUUAGCGCAGUACCCCAGUCUAGGGCUAGGCUCACCGUGCUUCACAUAAAAAUUAGCAAAAAGAAACAUGACAUUAUAAAAGAGUUACAUAAAAUGAUUCAUUUAAAAACAGCUUUGUAAAAAGAUUGACCUGGCCCACUCAAGUACUAUUGAGGACGGCCCUUCCUAAGCACUCGGUUAAUAUUGACAUGGUUAAUGUUUUUGAAUUUGUUAAAUUUCAAAAUUCAGUUUUGAGAAUUUAUAAAAAAAAUGAACAGUGUUAAAAUAAAUAUGUAGUGGAGUCUAAUGUUGUAACCACUAAGUUCUUAUUAUGUUUGUGUGUUCCUCAGGUCAUAUGAUGGUUCUAGUUUACAAUCACCUUUAAAUGGUCACCUCAACCAUAACAGAUCAUAUGACAGUAGCCCAGGUGACCUAAGGGGCCCAGGUGACCUAAGGGGCCCAGCCAUCCCUGAUGGAACUAACGUUUCCAUUCCAGACACAAGCCAAAGGGAAAGAACCUAUGGUGAGACUAAAUAAGACUGCACAUCUGCUCCAUCUAUUAAUUGGAUGUUGUAAAAAAGCUUUGAAAAUCCUUAUGUAACCUUUGAACCCUUGGUGACAUUUAACUAAGAAAAUGGUUUCAAGAAAUUCAACAAAAUUAUUAUGUUGACUUUGCUGACUAAAAAACCAAAUUGAACUAAAUUAUUACGGACUUUACAUCAAAACUUUGUCUAAUAGCCUCAUAUGAAGACAUGUUUCAUGAUAUUCUUUGCUUUCUAUAAGUCAUAUUAUGUUGAACUCUGAAUCUCAUCUGGUCUUCAUCUAACUUAUCACAAUGGCAACGUUAAGUUUCAGCAGCUCCAAUCCUUAAAGCUGUUAUUUUUUCCAUUUGUGUCUCCCAAAAUGUUCAGACUUCUUUGAAACAAUGUUGUUUUGUUACUUUGAAAACUAAUAAUACGGAACUAAUACACUUUGGUUUGAAGAGUAUUGAACAGUUUUUUUGCAACAUUCAUUGAUUUCUCUUCAGCUCCAAAACCAGCCAUUCGUAGAUCUAUUCAAGCCCAGACCUCGGCA